CUCAUGCUGUUUUCUGUUCCAUCUAGGAUGGUGCUGUCUCUAGAUAAAUGGUUUUGGUGGCACGAAUACUGGUUCCCACCAGGAUUCACCUGGGAGGACAUAAAGGAAUCUGGGAGUAUCUCAUACCCCAAACCUCGAGAUCUCCUGCACAUCGUGCCCUAUGCCCUGCUCUUAGUUGGUGUCCGAUAUCUCUUUCAAAGAUUCAUAGCCCGGCCCCUGGGCAGAAAGCUAGGGGUGAGGGACAAGGUGAGAUUGAACGCUCCACCCAAUACUGUGCUGGAAACCUUCUACGCUACUCGUAGCAAGAAGCCAAAGGAGGGGCAGCUGAUCAGUUUAUCCAAGCAGUGUGACUUGCCUACCAGAAAGGUGGAGAGGUGGUUCCGAUACCGGCGGAACCAGGACAAACCCAGUCUGACUACAAAAUUCUGUUCAGUGAGUUGGAGUUCUUUGUGUUACCUCAUUUCCUUCUGCACUGGACUUGUGGUCUUGUAUGAUAAGCCCUGGUUUUGGGACCCAAGAGAAUGCUGGGUGGGGUAUCCACAGCAGCCACUACAGCGCUCUAUGUACUGGUACUACAUGAUGGAACUCACCUUUGCCUUGGCACUGACUUUCACCAUGGCCUUUGAUGUGAAAAGAAAGGACUUUAAGGAACAAAUGGUGCACCACGCAACUACCAUCAUCCUGAUCAGUUACUCAUACUGUGCCAAUUACCUCCGGAUUGGGUCUUUGGUGAUGUUGCUCCAUGUUUCUUCCACUGCUCUCCUAGAGCUAACCAAGUUGCUUCAUUACUUGAACUGGAGACGCGCAAGCCACCUUCUCUUCUUAACUUUCUCAUUCGUUUUCCUUGUUACUCGGCUCGUCGUUUUCCCAUGCAGGGUGCUGUAUACUUCACUUUAUAUUUCCAUGGAGUUCCUCCAGCCCUUCUUCGGAUACUAUUUCAUGAAUACUCUCCUGAUGGUUUUGCAGCUGCUGCACAUCUUCUGGGCCAGCCUAGUCAUUCACAUGCUCUACAAAUUCAUCAAUGGCACGAUAAAAAACGAUGCAAGAAGUGACACAGAAGAAAGUGAUGAGAGUGAAGAGGUGCAAGAACAGAACAACAAAGAGAAAAAUGGGACCAUGCAUUUCAGCAACGUCACAAACAAUUGCAGCCAAAGUAACAGCUACCACUCUGAAACCAGCCAAAGUAAUGUGGCCCAACAACUAACUGGCAGAGCCCAUCUCACUAAUGGCUAUGCUGAGGAAAGGUACAUAUCUCAGGCAAAUACUUCCCUUCAGAAGCAGGUCCCUUACUUAACCAAUACAGCCUUCUUCCUCACCUGUGGGAGUGUGGGUUUUGGGUAGUUAGUGAAGUGUUCUUAAGCAAUUCCCAAUUAUUGUUCAUGCUUUUCUGUUUAAAUUCUUCCUCCUAGCUG